UCCGCAUGGUCCCAUCGUCUGCGCUCCACUCGUCCCUACCUGGUACGAGGCCUACAAAUCGCCUGCCUCCUCCACGUGAUCACCACACAUCUCUUCGAAGUACGCGGAUGCGAGGGCCCAUCUAUGCUUCCCACCCUCUCCCCACAGGGGGACUGGCUAUUACAGGUGCGACUACCCUUUGCGAGAUGGCUAGAGGGGCUGCGCGCGAGUGAGCGAACAGGAGCAGGAGCUGGGAUGCCUUGGAAGACGAGGAUAUCGAAGAAGGACCCGACGUGUGGCCUUCCACUCAGAAUAGGGGAUAUGGUAGUCUCCGCCUCCCCUCGUAAUCCAUCGCGAUACGUUUGCAAACGCAUAGUGGGCUUGCCAGGCGAUAGGGUGUUGAUGGACCCACGCGUACAGCUGGGCGAGCGCAAAGGCCCCGACCUGUACGUCACUGUGCCCGUGGGUCACGUCUUCCUUACGGGAGACAAUCUGAGCCACUCGACCGAUUCGAGACAUUAUGGUCCUGUUCCCUUGGGGUGUAUAAAGGGGAAAGUGGUGGCGAGGGUGAGU